AUGUGGAAGCUUAAGACUUUAUUAUUUUCUGUAGGCCUGGCGGGCGCCACAGUUGUACCGCCGCUGGGCUUGGACAGACGUCUUCUCCACGAUCAAAUGGAAAGGCGAUCACUGAAUAAGACCUCAGGCUCGGCGUGUGGCCUGGGUAAGCCUGCUCCUAUCGUGGCUGCACCCAAGCUCAAUGUGUGGUCCCAGAUCACCCCGGAGGACAAUCUAGCUGUCUGGAAACUCUUACAUGAUCCCAAAACUGGGCUGAACCUGACCGAUCCCGCUACAGCGGGGAUCAACGAUAACUACGUGUUUUGGAUUGACACACUUCACACUAACAAAUCUGCCGUCCUUCCCUACCUAGACGGCAGCGGCGUGCCGCCCUCCAAGUACGCCAGAGUUAUCAUCUUUGAAGGCGGAAAGCAAGAACCUGUGUCUCAAGAGUAUCAGGUCGGGCCCCUUCCAGUGUCUGCCCAGACCAAGGUCGAGAAGCUCGAUUGGAUGUACAAUGGCGGCAUGGGGGGCGCUGUCCCAUAUAAUGGCCGUCACAACGACUUCAAGAAGAUGUCGGCUACCGAUACCCUCGUUAAUGCUGUCAUGGGCAACAUCUCCGACAUUACCGCCGCACUGUUCCAGGGUGGUGUCUACUACGGAGCCAGAGACAAUCGUACCACUCUUAUGGCCGAUCCCUACAUUACGCCGACAUCCUUUGAUGGGAGUCAAGGCUUUCAAAUCAUCAUCUUCCGAGUUCCUGGUCUGGCAAAUUAUCUUACCCCUAUAGAUCUCUACGUCAUUGUGGAUUGUCCCGGCACGGACAUUUCCAAGUACAAGCUUAAGGGAAUUGUCACGAAUUCUCGCUUUUUCCCUACAGUCGCUGAUCUUCGGGCCGCCUUCGAGGCUGGUGAGCUCGUGCAGGAGUUCGCUCACAGCAAAGACUCCAGCUGGUUGCUCGACAAUUACCACCCAGAUAUGGGCACUCGUGAUCUCGAGGAGCAAUUUGCACCUCAGAACUUGGAGAUUGGCGGCAAGCGGUACAAACUCGAUGAGAAGCAGCAGUAUGUCGAGUACCUGGGCUGGUCAUUCUAUGUUGCAUACACCCGCUCGCUCGGCAUCAUGUACUACGACAUCCGCUUCAAGGGCGAGCGCAUUCUGUACGAGCUCUCGAUGCAGGAGGCCGCGGCGCAGUACGGUGGUUUCACUCCAAAAGCAGCUGGCACUGUCUAUCACGACACAUACUUUGAGCUCGGCACAAAUAUCUCGCCCCUUGUCGAGGGCUAUGAUUGUCCCUUUGGAAGUACCUUCUGGAACAUGACUUACCAUACCGGCAACAAGACCACUAUCAAUCAGAAGGCGAUCUGCAUUUUUGAGCAAGACAGCGGCUUCCCUCUCUCGCGGCAUCGUUACGGCGGCGGCUCGUCCGAGUAUGGGUUUGAGCAUCUUGGCUCCACUAAGGGUUCGGCCCUGACUGUGAGGUCUAUUGCAACUGUCGGCAACUACGACUAUCUCUUUGACUAUAUGUUCCACGUCGACGGUUCUCUAGAAGUCAUGGUCCGCGCAUCUGGGUACCUUCAGUCGUCGUUCUACUACAAAGAUCAAGGCAAUUGGGGGCCUCGUAUCGCCGAGGCCACGCAAGGCUCCCUCCACGACCAUGUGCUCACCUGGAAAGCUGACUUUGACGUUAUCGACUCCAACAACAGCCUCCAGCUGACUCGUCUGCAAGCACUCAACACCACCCAGCCGUGGUUCCCCGAGCUGGGGACUUUCGAGCAGCUGACCCUCAACAAGAGCAUCAUAGCUACGGAGAAGCAGUGGAACUGGGAUGACAACAGCCAGGCCAUGUACUGCGUGCUUUCCAAAUCUGCCAAGAACGCCUGGGGCGAGCCGCGCGGCUACCGCAUCAUCCCGCGCCUGAUGAACAUGCAUCUCAGCACCCUCAACUCGCCCUUCUCUCUGCGCAACUUGCCCUUCGCCAAGUCCCACGCGGCCGUCACUCGCCAGCACGACAACGAGCCGUACGCCAACAGCGUGCAGAACCUGAACCUGCCCAUGAAGCCCCAGCAGGACUUUGCCAAGUUCUUUGACGGCGAGAGCAUCGACGGCGAGGACCUGGUCGUCUGGUUCAACCUGGGCAUGCACCACUUCACGCGCGCCGAGGAUAUCCCCGUCACUCUGUUCACCGAGGCCGUGAGCAGCAUCAUGUUUGCGCCGCAGAACUUCUUCGACAAGGCUCAAGAUGUGGACCUGCAGAACCGGCGGUGGAUCACGCCCGACCCGGCCACCAAGGGACUGAAUGUGGAGACGUAUGGUGUGGAGCUUCCGCAGUGCAAGAUCGAGCUUGAGGAGCCGGGACUGAAAGUCGGCAAAGUUUCCAAGACUGAUUCGAGCCAGUGA